UUCGGGCUGGCUAUUAUUUUGUUGCAAUUUUUCCAACCAACAAACUCUGUUAGAUGCCAUGGAAGAUAAAGAAGAAGAUCAACUUCCUCCGAAUCGGAUCAAAACCCAAGAAGAAACAUCGAAUCCAGAAAAAGAAGAAGAUCGAAUAAGCUUACUACCUGAUGGUUUUCUUAUCAAUGAAAUCCUAUCUCGAUUGCCCUGGACAAAAUACGCAAUCAGAACAGGUAUUCUCUCCAAAGGUUGGCAACAUCUUUGGCCCUCCGUUCUUUGUGGAUUAUCUUUUUAGAAAAUACCCACCUUUACAUCAUUUUUCUAAAGCUAAACCGUUACCCGAUUUCUAUAUGUGGGUUGAUAAAACCCUAGCUCAAUGCCAAUCAAAGAAUCUCAGUAAGUUCAGCGUUAGUGCCAAUUACGAUUCCCGGUUUGAAUCCUAUGUCAAUAAUUGGAUUCGUUUUGCUACUAAGUGUAAAGUCCAACACCUUCACUUGAAUUUAAGUUAUAAGAAAGAUGAAAAUCAGUUUGUAUUGGAAGAUGACUCUUUUUUCAUCAACUCCCAUUUUACGCGUCUCCAUUUGGGAGGCUUCAUAUUUAGUCCUACUGGCCCCGUUGCUUGGAACAACCUUACCUAUUUAAGUAUUUCAAAUGGGAAUUUAGACGAACAUGUGAUUGCAAAUAUUCUAUCCGGGAUGUUGGUCAAUUAUUAUGGUUAUCUGCCUGUUGAUAAAACCGUAACUCAAUGUCAAUCAAAGAAUCUUUAUAGAUUCCAAGCCCGUGCCACUUAUGAAAGUCGUUUUGAAUCCCAAGUUAAUAAUUGGAUUCAUUUUGCUACUAAAAGCAAAGUCCAAGAGCUUGACUUAGAUUUAAGGUACAUGAAUGAUGAUCAGUUUGUAUUGGAAGAUGAAUCUUUUUUCAUCAACUCCCAUUUUACCCAUCUCAAUCUAGAAUGCUGCUUAUUUAAUCCUACCGGGCCCAUUAGUUGGAAUAACCUUACCCAUUUAACUAUUUCACAUGGGGAGUUAGACCAUGAUUUGAUUGCAAAGAUACUAUCCGGGAGUCCUUUAUUGGACACUUUAAGGUUGGAUUAUUGUUAUGGUUUUUCAAGGCUCGAUAUUACUUCCAAGAGUGUUAAGAACCUGGUGUUCUUUGGAUACGAUGAUGAUGAAUAUGAUCCUGAUCAUACUAUUGAAAUCAAUGCUCCUUAUAUUUUGUCACUCAGAAUCAUUGGUGGUUUGUCGUUAGGGAAGCUUUUACUGCGAGAUGUGUCUUCUUUAGUCAAAGCUGAGUUAGAGUAUACCAAGUAUGGGUAUGAUGAGAUGACACGUAGUGAAGAGAGAGAAGAGAUGCUUGAAAUGUUUAUACUAUACCUUCACCAUGUCAAAGAGCUCAAAAUUGGAAAAUCUUGUUAUACGGCUUUCUCUCGUUUGGAAGCUAAAGGCUUCAAUUUUCCAUCUAACUUGAAGGUUGUAGAAGUUACUUAUCCUUUUCAUGAUACUGAUUCGGAGCCAGAUGAUUGCUCUGAUAAUGACUCAUCCCGGGUCGAUAUACAGUCCAUUGCCGCCACGUUGGAACAGGUGCAGACGACUCAGCGGGUGAUUCUGAGCCAGUUAGCUGCACUUCGUUAUGAUCAUCAGCGUUAUCAGCCUUUGUUAGAGAGAUUGGCACAGGAGGAUGCUAGGGCUGCUGGGAUGGAGUUAGCUGCAUAUGCCCCUCCACAAGUUAUGAUGCCUGUUGAUGAUUAGGAUGCUUAGCAGCAGGUUGGUGAUGAGGGAGAGCGGAUUGCAGGACUUGAGGUAGGAGCUGAUGAUGACGAGCCAGGUGAUGAUGUUGAAGUGGAGGCGGCUGAUGUGAGGCCUGAUGUUUAGAUUUGAUUCAAUUGGCUUGUAUGAUAUUUAGAUAUUUUGAUCCUAUGGUUUCUAAAAUAUCGUUGUUGGUGUUCAA